AUGAAUAAAAAGAUUGUAUUAUUACUUUCUGCCUGUCUACUAAUUGCUAGUGUUUAGGCAGCCACAUGUCCUGAUGGAUAAUUUGACAAUGGUAGUGGUAAAUGUCUUUAAUGUCCUUAAUACUGUACUAAGUGUACUGAUAUUAAUACUUGCACUGAAUGUUAAGCCUCAGCUAAGAGCUAUUAGAAUAUCUGUGUAUCUUAAUGCCCUUCAUAGAGUAAGGAUUCAGCUUCAGGAAGUGGAUGUGACCUUCUUUGCUAAAAUGAUGGCGAGUACCCUGAAUAUGAGUAAACUUAAUUUAAGUGCAAAAAAGUUGACACUGACAGCGCACCUUACUGCAUAUAAUAAUUACAAUAUUUGUAAACAGACAAAGUAGGAUUUUCAUUCUAGAUUUUGUAUCCUACUGAUGCAACAAAUUUGAAUUUGAAGGUUUUAUUUUUCAACACACCAAGUAUUUGUUAUACUUAUGACCUUCAUAUAGGUACAGAUAUAAUAAGUCCCUUAUCAACUCCUAAAAAUGUCAAUGGUGCUUUAGAAAUUUUGUAUUAAUAUCCCAUUAAAAAAAUGGAUAAAGCUACUAAUACUGACUGCUCUGAUGAUAAGUGUACAUUUACUCAAAAGCUAUCUUGGAAAGGAUAUCUUUAAUACACUUACACUUUUGAAGUUAAAAUUUAAAACAGUGCUGUAAUCUUAAAUGACAACAUAUCAAUUUCUGGUAGUGGUAGCAAUACUAGUCCUGUUUGCGUAGGUUGUCAAAUUCCUAAAGAACUUUAAUUAUCAGCUACAUUGUAAAUUUCUUGCGAUAAAACAACUUCAUGUUCUGACUCUGGUAACAUAAAAGCUACUGCAGGUGAACUUGUAACAGUGACCUAAGUCUUAGACUCUGGAUACAAAUAGAAUGAAAUCAAACCUUUUUCUUUGUCUCUUUUGAUUAAGGAUGAUAGUGGUGCUAGUCUUGGAACCUUUGAAAUUAAAAACUACUAAAGUGAUAGCACAACUAAAGGUUAAAUUACUUACAAAUUUAGUACAAUUGGCUUUAAGUCUGGUACGUUAAUUGUAGUCUCAAAAAUAGACAAUGUAAUUUUUGGUAGAAGAUAAUUAGCCUCUAACCUCAGAAGUCUGGACUAAAUUCAAGGAACUAAAUACCCUUACUAAGAAAUUAAGGUAGAAAUUUAGAAUGACUCUAUAAGUAGCUCUGCAGCAAUCGGUUUAAUCGUUGGUAUUGUUGUAGCUUGUGUAGCUGCAGUUAUGUCUUUCUUUGUGUUAAUCAUUUAUAUGUACAAGAGAAGAAAAAUUCAAAAGCUUUAAGAAAAAGUUAGUGUCAGCAACUAAAUAAACGAAGAAUCUAUUCAACAUAUGAAUAAUAUUUAGAAUGCAAAGUAAUUACAUUAAUAAAAUCAAAUCUAAAAUUAAGUUACAGAUAACAAAUCAGCAAUUUUCAUUUAAAACUGA